ACAUAUACUGAAAAUAUGAAGAAGGGGAGGUUUAUAAGAGCAUGUGCAAAUAAAUGGAGGAAGAUAGGAAGCAAAGUUGUACCUUGCACAGCCUGCGAGCACUGCUGCCAAUGGGUUUUGUGGUCUCCCUUGCAUGAGGAUUGCUUCAUUCCACGAGACGUCCCGAAGGGUCACUUGGUUGUCUAUGUGGGUGAGAAUAACAGAAGGUUUGUAAUCAAAAUUAGCCUUCUCAACCACCCUCUGUUCAAGGCAUUGCUGGAUCAAGCACAAGAUGAGUUUGAUUUCACUGCAAACUCAAAACUCUGCAUUCCUUGUGAUGAGAACCUUUUCCUAAGUGUUGUUCGCCGCGCUAGCUCACCAGAUAACCGACAAAUCCCUCUGCAUCUUUGAAGAUAGGUUGCUGUCAAAUUUGAUUCAUUCUGAAG